AUGCGCCUGCGGAUUCUCCCCGUGUUUAUAUCGACGUCCGAAGGACGGAGGAAAGGUCCUUCGAGGGCAAGGCGAAGGACCUUCGACGAGCACAAGGCGAAGGCCCCUCGACGAGAACGAGGCGAAGGUCACCCUAACGAGGACGAGGUCGUCCAACGAGGACGAGGUCGCUCGACGAGGGCAAGGCAAGGUCCUUCGACGAUGGCCUCGAUGGCCUCGAUGGCCUCCGUGGCCUCGAUGGCCUCGCGCAUCGACGGAGUCGACUGGAGCCUUCCGCCCACCCAUCUCGACCCGGAAGCCCCACGGAUGCACUCCUUGAUCGGCUACCACGGCGCCCGGUGCCUCCCCCCCUGGCGGUACCCGGGCGUCGCCCGGUCCCCCCGGGUCUUCUGGGUCGGCCACUCGGAGAGGACCCCCCCCAGCCCCCCGGAUGGGUCCUCUGGCGUCCCGCACAACGCUCGUCGUCACAAGCCCGGCUCCGUUCUCAGGACGCGGGACAAUGAGGGUCCAAGCAGGUGGGGAGGAGGAGGAGGAGGUGGAGGGUUUCAUCACAGCGGUCACCGAGCCGGCGGACACUGUCGUUCCGCGUGUCCCUUUAACGCGACCGGAGAAGCACGAGGACGAAUGCAAGGACAAAGGCAAGCCGCGCAGGAGGACCCGCAACCCCUGCUGAUGGACCCAGUGGGACCAUCCCUCCCGUAUCCUCAGUGCAAUCAGGAUCGACAGAGCGUGGCUCGAAUCAUCGGGAGGACGAACCUCUGUGCCGGGCGUCCGAACAAGUUCCUCUGGCUCUGCUUCGCCUCCAUGGCGAUCGUGCUCAUGAGCCUCUUCAUGGUCCGCUCCCACACCCAUCUCAUCAUGAUGGGACUGGUCGGGGUGUUCAUCCUCCUUCUCUGCUCCAUCGUGACCCGCGCCAAGGCCGGCCUCCUCGAGCCCGGCGCGAGCGAAUCCUCCCCCCUCCCCCGCCCCCUCGUCGAGGUCCACAGGAUCUCCCCAGAGAGAAUCAGCGUCGACGACGGUCCCUCGUCUCCGCGUCGGUCGGAGACCGGCUCCGAACCCCCGCCGUAUCACAUGGCUCUGCAUCUACCCGAGCCGGAGAAGUCUCCCUCGCCGUCUCCGUCUGUGAUCGCAAGACCCGAGACUCCUCCUCCUCCCUAUGAACUCAGUCUCGGUGUACCUUGA